AGAAUUUUUUGUUUUCGUCAGUAAUUUGAGGAUGUAAAGGGAAUGAUGAAUCAUGACAUGUUCAACUCGUUCAAGUAAGUGCACAAAAAUAUUUGCGAAGUAGAAGUGACAGAACAGAGUAUUUCUUAAGCCUUGCGUUUCCCGGUAUAAAUGCAUGCGGUAUUAGGGACCCCGGGGACACUGCUGCUCACGAAGGCCUGUGUAUCCGGAGUGGACGUAGCGGUCCCGCCUCGCUAUCGGAACAUCUCAAGCCGAGAGCUGGAGGGAGUGAUUUAUCUCGUCACUGACACACCAUCUGUGACCGUGGAGCGCAGGGUCCGCCGGAUCCCGGCUCGCUUCCCAGCCUCCGCCAGAGCUGCGGCUACGGGCAAAGCGCUGUCCAGGCGCAUCGGCUGCGCGUGCACGGCGCCCGGACCGCCCGCGUGAAGAAGGGAUCGGCGCUCCGCAAGCGACACAAAGUUGCCUUUCGGUGGACUUCGAGAGCGAGGGCGCGCGGCUGCACCCGAUCGAUGGCUUCCCACGCGAGGGUCUCCAUCCUGGACUACUUCAAUAUCGUGUUCGAGGGCGAGAAUGGAAAGAUCGAGUCCAACUGCAAGGCGUGCGGCACGAGGAUCCAGGCGAAGCGCUCAGUAACAUCCAACUUCGUCACUCAUCUCAAGCGGAAGCACCAGGCCAUGUAUGAUGAGUUUGUGAAGAAAAAGGAUGUGAAAAGGGAAGCAUGUGCUUCGGGGACCAUCCAGCAGCUCCCUGGGAGUGGGCGUUCCGAGCCUGCCAGAUCUUCUCAUGUCGGUGGGGGGGUGGCCAAGUUCGAGCGCAACGACCCCCGCCAGCUGCUCAUCUCGGAGGCCAUAGCCAAAAUGGUGAUCCGCGACCUGCAGGCCGUACACAUUGUGGAGAACGAGGGUUUUAGGGAGCUGCUCCAGUUGCUGGAACCGCGCUACACCCCAGAGCCUCGGCACUACAUGGAAAAGCAGCUGCUCCCUGGCUACUGCUACCAGGUGCAGCUGGCUACCAAGCAGGCCCUCGCGGCAGCGGAGUCCUGCAGCGUCACGCUGGACCUGUGGAAGGGCGGAGCAGCCAGCAGCCUGGGCGCCUACCUGGGAGUGACCUGCCACUUCAUCACGGCCGACUGGCACAUCCAGUCGGCUCUCCUCGCCUGCGUUCCCCUCGUGGGCCACCACACGGCCCAGCAGAUUCUCGCAGAGUGCGAUGAGAUUUCCCGCACGCACAGCAUCGCAGGAAAGGUCUUCCGAGUCGUGGUGGACCCCGAACCCUAUGGGAGCCGGUCAACCUUCCGCCUGCCUGGCUUCUGCUUGCAUGGCGGGGAGCAAGAAGAGGAAGAGGAGGACAGCAGUGAUGAAGAUGUCAGCGCUGGGGAUGCCGGGGAGGCGGGGCAGGCCUGCGUGGGGGAGAACUCUCUGGACCUGUGUUUCGGCGCUCACCGCGUUGACUGUUUUGCGCGCUCCUUAGGGCUCUGCGUGCGGGAAGGCCUGCGCACUUCUCCGCAGCUCUCCAUCGCCCUCACCAAGGCCGCUUGCCUCUACAAUUAUGUCACGGCCACAGUGGCGCCUGAUAAACUCGGGCAGGCUUAUGGGACAGAAGAGCCUGCCAUAAGGGACGCCCUUCAAAGGGACAGAGGAUGGACCUCCCAGCUGAAGACAGUGAGACGCAUGCUGGAGUCGGCCGAGUUCUUGGAGGACGUGGUCGAUCGGCACGAUCUCACACUCAGCAGCUUCGAAAAGGCCGUGCUGAGGGAGCUGGUGGAGGUUCUCGAGCCCUUUGAAGAGGCCACGGACCUGGUGCAGGGGGACAAGCACGUGUCCAUCAGCCUGGCCUUGCCCUGCGUGCUGGGGCUGCGCAAGCACCUGUCCGAGACAGCCACCCGCCAGUGCACCGGAAUCUUGGUCGGCCUCGCCCAGUCUCUGGACCGCAGGCUCGCCGGCAUCCUGGAGGACCCCCUGUACGUGACGGCUACAGCCCUGGACCCGCAGUUCAAGCUCACCUGGAGCAAUGACACGGAGCGACACAAGCAGAUACUGCUGAAAGAAGUGGCCAAGCACACCCAUACGGGCGGCCCCCAGGAGCCCAGCCAGGAGCCCAAGCCGCCCCCAUCCAAGCGCAGCAAGCUCUUUUCCUUCAUCAAGCAGCGGCCCGCCUCCCAGGCCAAGAGCAUCGAGCAGGAGCUGGCCACGUAUCUCCUGGAAGAGCCUACCGAAGAGGACUCGCUGCACUACUGGAAGCGCAAAGCAACCGAUUUCCCGCAGCUCUCCCAGGUGGCGAAGAAGGUGUUCACGGUUCCGGCCACCAGCACCUCGGUCGAAAGUAUUUUCAAGACUCUCGGGAAGACCCUGAGGCCUGAGAGGUGCAGACUUUUGCCAAAGAACUUGGAAACGCUCAUUUACUUGAAGGCUAACUACAGGUUACUUUGGACUUAGCAGCUCCGCUCCGUUUGGAGACGGGAAAAGCGGAGAAGCGCCGCGGUGACCGAUGGUAAAGCAGUUGCAUUUAACGAUCGUCCCCAGAACGUGCUGAAAUCGCUGGCACAACACUACGACUAAGGUCACUCCAGACUCCACACUCUUUUUGGCUGCUGCUGCAGUCAAAGUUGAACUAUUCCAAAGAGAACUAAAUGCCUUUAGUGUUCACUCAUGUAAGACAAAGAGGUCUUUGGGGUCUAGAGUAGAUUUGGGAUUUGGUUACUGACCAACCUAAUUUCCGUUACAUUCUCUAGUUCAGAUUACGAUGCUCUGAAACAGAGGCCAUCGGCUCUGUAGGUACCUUUUAGUGUCAGGGGUUCUCGAAAAUAUGCUAAUUUGUUCAGACUGAACGAUACCUUUGACACUGUGGCUUAGUUUAAGAAAUAACUGCUUCGACCUUCUUCCACUUGGACACAACUCUACCUCCACAAUUUAUAUUCUUGAGCUCAAAGCAUGUACAUUAGCUCAACAGUUAUUAUCUGUAUCAGUUGAGAAGAGCAGCUUUUUCACGACAUGCAAUAUUUAAGUUAGUAUGAAAGCUAAUCCUGGGCUUGAAUAAUGUAAUUUUAGGCUGAAUACUUUAUUGUACCUUACAAAGCAUUUUAGUUGGAAAAAUGCUAAAGUGUGUAUUUGUUAACAGCUCUUUUGUUUUAAUCUCCCUUGUAUUUCUCUUUGUUUUAAAAUUAUAACUGAGUAAACUUUC